CACAUACGUUCACCGGCAGUUAGUGUCACUGUCCAAGAUGUCGGCUACGUCCGUGCUCCCCAUGUGUGUGCGAGCGAGCCGGGGCCUCCUGAGGCUCAGGAGCGGUUCAGUGGGUGCCCCCUCCUUGGCCGUGGUGGACAUCGUUCGGACACUGUCCACGGACAAACCGCCAGCCGGAGUGGCCGGUGCGACGGGCGGACUGGCUCAGGCUAUCCUACAGGAGAGACUCCAGCAGCAGCAGCAGCAGGAGAGUCAGGGCCAGCCUCCUCCUGAGGGAAAGGAGGGUGAGAGGGAGGGAGAACAGGCAGAGGACAAGAAACAGAAGGAGAACACUGCCUACGCUAAGAAGAUAGUGCUACGGUUGGCAGGACUCAUGGGACUGGGCGGGGCGGUUGGCAUCGUCUACAUAUUUGGCACCAAUUCAGUGGACGAGCAAGGAAACACGAUUCCAGAUGAGUUCGACAGAGACCCUCCAGUCGUCCAGCAGUUGAAAAGAACCUUCAAAUACUUCCAAGACUACAGACAGAUGAUCAUUGAGCCGACGAGCCCGAAGCUGCUGCCCGACCCUCUGAAAGAGCCGUACUACCAGCCUCCUUACACUCUGGUGCUGGAGCUCACCGACGUCUUGCUGCACCCGGAGUGGUCGUUGUCCACUGGUUGGCGGUUUAAGAAACGUCCAGGCAUUGACUACUUGUUCCAGCAGCUUGCACCACUUUAUGAGAUCGUCAUCUUCACUGCAGAAACCGGCAUGACAGCGUAUCCUCUGAUUGACAGCAUCGAUCCUCAGGGUUUCGUCAUGUAUCGUCUCUUCAGAGAUGCAACACGCUACAUGGAAGGACAUCAUGUAAAGGACGUUUCGUGUCUGAACAGAGACACCAGUAAGGUGAUUGUGGUGGACUGUAAGCGGGAAGCGUUCAGCCUGCAGCCCUUCAACGGCAUGGCUCUAAAGAAGUGGGACGGAAACUCGGAGGACCGGACACUCUACGACCUCGCCAACUUCCUCAAGACCAUCGCUCUGAGCGGCGUGGAGGACGUUCGCUCAGUGUUGGAGAACUACGCUCUGGAAGACGACCCCAUCGAGGCCUUCAAACGCAGACAGGCUCAGCUGGCACAGGAGGAGGAGCAGCGUCUGGCCGAGCUCUCCCAGCAGAAAAAACAGGGACUCUCUCUCGGCUCCAUCACCUCGCGGUUCUGGCGCUCCAAACAGCAGUGAGCCCCGCCCCUUCUCACACUUCCACCAAUCGCAGCCCGGCUCUCUGCCAGCGUGAAGGUGAGGGGAGAGGCCAGAGGGGAGAAGGGGCGCCGCGGGUCUGCGUACCAUAGCUGGGCGGUCUUCGCUGUCACAAGCAACCAAUCAUGUCUCAGUGGGCAGGUCUGCAGCGCUGGAACGGAGUGAAGACAUUGGCCGGCGUCUGCACCAAUGAGAGAGGCACUUCCUGUUUUUCGGAGGCAGGCCGUCAGUGGCCCCCUCCCUUGGUCAUCUUGGUGUCCACUGAUGAAUAUCAGGCUGCUGACUGUCUAAGCUGGAGAGGAUCCAGGUCCGGUUAAAACUCUUGUUGGUGGUUGGAGGCAGAUCUAAGAUCAGCACUGCUAUUCUCCACUCCAGCUCUGGUCGGCCCCACCGCUCGCAGGAUCUGACUUGAGAUCAGUAGCGCUCUGUCCUGUACCACACCUUCCGAAUGUGUAUUUUAUUUUAUUUUAUUUUGUAUUUCUCUUUGUGUCAGACUGUGCUGACGGGCUGCUGCAGAAGAUGUUAGAAUAAUGAACAUGUUUCUAAAAAAUAAACAAUACAUAGUAUUCUUAAGAGUUCAUUCAGUAUGUCAGACCGUCAGAGUGUCCAGCGGCGGCAGCGUGGACGUCAUGAUGAAGACUGGAACGGCAGCUGAGCCAGUGGUGGAAGAGAAGAACUGAAGUAAAGGUUCACUUAUAAUUUCUCUUCACAUCAGUUAAAAGUGUCGCUCUAAAUUUUCUUAUUAUUUUUCUUGAAAGAAAAAAAAAAAAAAGGGUGUCAGUUUGCCCCCUCACUUCCUGACUCUCUUCGUCUGUCUGUGGCUUAGCUCAGAGCUGCUGGUUCUUACUGAAGACUAUUUUAAAAAGUCCUCACAAGUAAAGUUUAUGAUUUAAUUUAAAAAAGAAAAGUCUCAGUCAUUUCCUCUCUAUUGCAUGUUUGGGGCAGCAGAACGAUGUGUGUUUGUGUGUGUGUGUGUGUGUGUGUGUGUGUGUGUGUGUGGCUUUGGUCAACAUGAACUAUAUGUUGAUGAUAAUUGGAUCCAUGUCAGAUAAACUACAACACCUACGUUCUCUAUAAAUAUGCCUUACUGUUACUCAUACAUGUUAACUGCAUUGAUGCAGGAUUUAAUGAGGAGGCCUAUGUUUUCUAUUCUUACUGUGAAACCUUAAAUCAGGUGUAACUCUCUGAACUCUCAUUCUUUUCUCACCACCAUCCAAAUUAAGUGAGGAAGUUUUGAGACACCAUGACGACGGUGUUCGAGGCUCAGCUGCUGUUCUGUCAUGUGCUUGUUGAAAAUCCGUAUUGAUGUGAAUUCGCCAUAGACAUCCUCAAUAAAGGAAACAAAUCAUGUUGA